GUCAGCUGCUGUACAGCAUGAGACAGUCUAACAGCAGGGAUGUAAACAGUACUUUCCUCAUUCAUAUGCUGCGGCUGGCCUACAGCUUAGAUCUGUGUGGGAGAAUCUCAUGCUGGAGGCAACAUGGCAUCAACUUCCAGCUUUGCUCCUCCAAAACUGUCAGACUUUAUUCUCACAGAGCGGCUGGGCAGUGGUACAUAUGCUACAGUCUACAAAGCCUACAGGAAGGGGAACAGUCGAGAGGUGGUUGCAGUUAAAGUAGUUGGAAAGAAGACUCUUAACAAGGCUUCCACAGAAAAUCUGCUCACAGAGAUUGAAAUCCUAAAGACUGUGCGCCAUCCUCAUAUAGUGCAGCUGAAAGACUUCCAGUGGGAUGCUGAAAAUAUUUACCUGAUUCUUGAAUGGUGUUCUGGUGGCGAUCUCUCCCGCUUCAUUCGCAGUCGCAGGAUUUUACCUGAGAGUGUGACUCGGCGCUUCCUGCAGCAGAUUGCUUGUGCCCUCCAGUUUCUUCACGAACGAAAUAUCUCACACCUGGACUUGAAACCCCAGAAUAUUCUGCUCAGCGGCUCUAUCCUGAAACUAGCAGAUUUUGGUUUUGCACAAUACAUGUCCCCAUGGGACGAGCAGAGUGUCCUGAGAGGUUCUCCUCUCUACAUGGCUCCUGAGAUGGUGUGUCGUCGGCAGUAUGACUCCAGGGUGGAUCUGUGGUCUGUAGGAGUUAUUCUCUAUGAGGCAUUGUUUGGCAGAGCACCAUUUGCAUCAAAGUCAUAUGCUGAAUUAGAGGAGAAGAUCAGGAGCAACCAACCUAUUGAACUCCCUCCUGGGGCCAGGGUAUCCAAGGACUGCAGAGACCUUCUGUUGCGGCUGCUGGAGAGAAAUCCAGAUGCCCGGAUUACCUUUGCAGAGUUCUUUACCCACCCUUUUGUGGAUAUGGAGCACAUGCCAAGUGCAGAAAGUAUAGUGAAAGCGAAAAAGCUGGUCCUACAGGCCAUUCAGAAGGACCAGGAGGGGGAGAGGUCUGAGGCACUCUCGCUUUACUGCAGUGCUCUUGAGCACUUUGUCCCUGCUAUUUAUUAUGAAACAAAUUGUCAACGUAAAGAGGCCCUCAGGCAAAAGGUCAGGCAGUAUGUGUCCAGAGCUGAGGAGCUGAAAGCCCUGGUAGCUUCGGACAACAGACUGAGCUUCGAGCAGGCGCGGACUUCCAGGGACAUCCUCCGAGAAAUGUCUAAAGAUCAGCCACGACUGCUAGCUGCUUUGGAGAUGGCCUCUACUGCCAUUGCUAAGGAGGAGAGUGGAUCAGAUGACCUUGAGGCACUGGAUAUGUACCAGCAGUGUUUAGGAGAACUACUGUUGGGACUAGCAGCCGAGCCCCAGGGCCGCAGGAGGGAGCUGCUCCACAGCGAGAUUAAAAGCCUCAUGAGCAGAGCUGAAUACCUCAAAAAGCAUAUUAAGAUGCAGGAGACUCAGAGGGACGUUUCUCUGGAUCGAGAAUCUCUCGCAGAAUCCGUCAGAAGUUCCUGCUGUUUGCAGUAAACAUGACAGCCACCGUGGGAAGACUGGAACUCCUCGGCUGUCUGUCAGUGUACAGGUUGGACACAGAGCCUUCACCUGACCAGCUUUCUGCUGUAGCCAAAUCGCACCACAUCCUAACCAACUGAGUACACUAUCUGGGUGGGAUAUUGCACUUGCCAGCCAAAUGUGGUCAAUGUUUUGGCUGAUGCUGUAAAGUUUUUACAUGAAAUGAUUGGACAGGUAGUGAACUUCUGUUUAUUAUUUUUCAGGGGAAAAAAAAGUUGACUGGUAAGAAAUUCUUGAAUUUUGGAUUUGCACACUGCUGAAUGUGAAAGUUCCCUGUUCUUUACACUGUUGUUGCCCUGCUUAGCCCGAAUCCCCUCCUACUGACACACCAUUGAUAUGUAAAUGGUGGACAGCUUGUAUGACAAUACAACACUGUCACGGCAAAACGCAACUGGCACUGUUGCAUUUUGGUUUGGUGCAGAACAUUCAAAUGUAUUUGAAGUUUAACUAAACCUGCGAAAGACUGAAAAUACAAAUAAGCCAGAGCUGUGACAUUAAGAUGUUUCAAAAGCAUUUUCAGCAAAUAGUAUAGAUGAUAAAUGUACAAUAUAUGAUAUAGAGGCCUGUACAAACAUGUACAUACUCCUCCGCACCCCCUUUUCCCCCCACUGCCUUUACUGUGGGUGAACCACAGGCUCACCAUGCUCUCUCCACUGAUGAAGUUCUCUCCACCGCUAUGAGGGGAAAACUGGAGAGGUGCGGCCUCUGCCUUAUUUACACUAGGCAUGCAUUUUCUUAGGUUUGGCACUGGCUUUAUAUUUGAGGGAUAUACUGAGUUGUGGAGUUCAAGUAAAGCCUUCAUAACUGGGCCUCUGUGAAACGGUAAAAAACUUAAUAGAUGGUGGCAAGCCAAUGAUCCUCGCUGUUGUAGGUCUUCACGGACCGUUUAGAUUUCAUUUAUUUGAAUAUUCCAAAAGGGAGCUUUAAUAGAAUUAUCAAAAAUAUUAUACUGUAUGUUUGUUUGCAAGAUUUUCAUUCUGCUGCACUGUUUCAUUAUUUAAUUUCUUUAUACAUUGUGAAUUUUAAUAUGUAUUUAUUAAAUGACAAAUCACAAAUGACAGUUCUGUCUCAAAAUAAAAUCACAAUCUUUAAAAA